AUGGACAAACAAUUCCGGUCGCUUUGUCUGUACAUGCAGAUUGCAGAAGGCUCCAAGAGCGAGCACCUCAUCUCUUAUAUUACUCUCACGUCUCACCUCCACCACACCCUUCAUUUCUUGCUCCCGCUGGUCUGGUCUCCACACGCUUUGUCUGUUCUGCUGCUGCAAGUGGAAGAAGAAGCGCAGGUGUCGCGGAGCCUGCCUAUCGACGACGCCAGCAUGGGAGAGAUCACCAAUGUCAUGGAGUACCAGGCCAUCGCGAAGCAGAAGCUUCCGAAGAUGGCCUACGACUACUACGCGUCCGGCGCUGAGGACGAGUGGACGCUGCAGGAGAACAGGGAGGCCUUCUCCAGGAUCCUGUUCCGUCCACGCAUACUGAUCGACGUGUCCAAGAUCGACAUGACCACCACCGUGCUGGGAUUCAAGAUCUCCAUGCCCAUCAUGGUUGCCCCCACUGCUAUGCAGAAGAUGGCUCACCCAGAUGGGGAGUACGCCACAGCGCGCGCCGCAGCUGCAGCAGGCACUAUAAUGACAUUGUCAUCCUGGGCAACUUCAAGCGUUGAGGAGGUUGCCUCAACUGGGCCAGGGAUCCGCUUCUUCCAGCUCUAUGUCUACAAGGACAGGAAAGUGGUGGAGCAGCUUGUGAGGAGAGCUGAAAGGGCUGGGUUCAAGGCCAUCGCGCUCACCGUCGACACCCCGCGCCUUGGCCGCAGGGAAGCUGACAUUAAGAACAGAUUUGUUCUGCCACCACACCUGACACUGAAGAACUUCGAAGGUCUGGACCUCGGCAAAAUGGACCAGGCUGCUGAUUCAGGGCUGGCUUCCUACGUCGCCGGCCAAGUCGACCGCACCCUGAGCUGGAAAGACGUGAAGUGGCUGCAGACCAUCACCACGAUGCCGAUCCUCGUCAAGGGUGUGAUCACUGCUGAAGACACGAGGCUUGCGGUGGCGAACGGCGCGGCGGGGAUCAUCGUGUCCAACCACGGCGCGCGGCAGCUGGACUACGUGCCGGCGACCAUCAGCGCGCUGGAGGAGGUCGUGAAGGCCACCCGGGGCCAGAUCCCCGUGUUCCUCGACGGCGGCGUCCGCCGCGGCACCGACGUCUUCAAGGCGCUCGCCCUCGGCGCCGCCGGCGUAUUCGUCGGCAGGCCGGUGGUGUUCUCUCUGGCGGCGGCGGGCGAGGCCGGGGUGUCCAACGUCCUGCGGAUGCUGCGGGACGAGUUCGAGCUCACCAUGGCGCUCAGCGGCUGCACCUCCCUCGCCGACAUCACCCGCAACCACGUCAUCACCGAGUCCGACAGGCUCCGCGUCAUGCCGUCGCGGUUGUAG